CCAGGGUUCCGCAUGGCCCUGGUGUCAGCACCCAGAUUAGCUGUUCCCUCCCGGAUGGAUCCUGCUGUUCCUGGGCCACCGCCAGGCCCUGCGCCCAUCCCCUUCCCAUCCCCAUCCAUCCCCACUCGCUGCCCGUAGGGCUUCGCCACCUUCACCCCUUCCUUCUCCCAGCCCCACAAGCAGCACCACCCCACAUCCCAGGCCGCUGGGUGCAAUGAGCGCACUGGGAGCUGGAGGGGUUGUUGGGCCGGAUCCUGCCAGGGGCUGAGGUCCAUCACACUCAGCUCAGCAGCGUUAGCUUCACAAGGCAGCGCCUGGACAGACCCCAUCGCUGUCCUUAUCUCACUGCCUUCAUUCUCCCAGUCCUCAUUCCCACUCCCGUCCCCAUCUCCGUUCCCAGCCCCAUCUCUCCCAGCCCCAUCCCAACCUUACGCCGCACACAAGGGUCGGUGCAGCCCCUUUGGGGUGGCCACGCUCCCCAAUGCUGACACAACCCCAUGGGCCGCAGCCCCCACAUGGGGAGCUGUGUGUGGGUGUGUGUGGGCCCAGCAGGGCCCGCAGGCGCUGACAAUAACCUGGUUAUCCACGAUGGACGGCUGCAAUCAGCGCCGAGCUGCCGCUGCCAUAACUCACCAUGCCCCCACCCCCCCCCUUCCUGGUUAUCGGGGCUAUAAAUGGGACGCAGCGUUGGCACAGCACAGACCCCAACCAUGAGCAGCCUGGAUGCCAUCCGGGAGGGCUACGCACGCUUUGAGCCCCACGCCUACCUGCACAACAACUACGUGCCCCCCCGCGCCGACUUCUCCUCCGAGGAAUGCGUGGUGCCCUGGAAACUGAGAUGUUUGGCCGAAACCUUCGCCAGCGGUGAGAUCUGCGGGCGCACGCUCAUCGACGUGGGUUCGGGCCCCACCAUCUAUCAGCUGCUGAGCGCCUGCGAUCACUUCGAGGAGAUCGUGGCCACCGAUUUCCUGGAGGUGAACCGGGAGGAGCUGCGGCGUUGGGUGCGGGGUGAGCCUGGAGCUUUCGACUGGAGUCCCUUCAUCCAGCACGUCUGCAAGAUCGAGGGGCGCGGGGAGCCCUGGCAGGACAAGGAGCAACGGUUGCGGGGCCGCCUGCGGCGCAUCCUCCCCAUCGACGUGCACCAUGCAGACCCACUGGGCGCCCCACUGCACCCCCCGGCCGAUGCUCUGCUCUCCACCUUCUGCCUGGAGGCCGUCAGCCCCGACCGCGCAGCCUUCGGGCGAGCGCUGGUGAAUGUGGGCUCAAUGCUGCGCCCGGGGGGCCACGCGGUGCUGCUGGGGGCUCUGGGGGAGUCCUUCUACCUGGCGGGCGCCGCGCGGCUGCCCGUGGUGCCGCUGGAUGAGGAUGACGUCCGCGGGGCUCUGAGCGAUGCUGGGUUCACCCUCCUUGAUUUCCGCUCCUAUCCCAUGCCCCCCGCGCUGCGCACCGGCGUGGAUGACGUCGAUGGAGUGUUCUUUGUCCAUGCACAGAAACCACUGGAAGGCUGAGCCCCCUCCCUCCCUGCUUCCCACCCUCAAAAAGGCUGCGUUCCUGAGUCUUGCCAUCCCACCCCCACUGCGUCCCAUAAUAAAGCCUGAGCUGAGCACGGCACAGC